AUGGCUCACACCUACACCAACUUCGUGUGGAAGGCGAUCGACUCCUCAUUCCAGUCCACAGCGCAGGGAAAUGCCAGAAACACCAUCAGCACCAUCGUUCCUGAAACUCCCUCGACCGACACCCUGGAGAUCGUUUCCGUCGCCGACAUCACCGUCGCCGACGUCACCAUCGCCGACAUCGCCACCGCCACCAACCACCUCGACUUCGCCACUGACACCACCCCAACCAUCAGGACCGACUCAACCCGCCAGUGUCAGCAGGGCCGACUCUUGACGAUUGCCGACAGCCGCCGCCGCCGAGCAGCCAGGAAAACACAAGCUCCAGGAAGACCAGUACUCGCUGUUUCCCCGAUGCCACGUUCCACCACACCUACCCCUCCCGCGACGCCCUCACCUCAGUCCCAGACGGAGCCAACCACGGAGAUACCCACGGAGCCAACCACGGAGAUACCCACGGAGCCAACCACGGAGAUACCCACGGAGCCAACCACGGAGAUAACCACGGAGAUACUCACGGAGCCAACCACGGAGAUACCCACGGAGAUACCCACGGAGCCAACCACGGAGAUACCCACGGAUCCAGCCACGGAGAUGCACCCACUGACACAACUGAGGACAACGGACAUCGGACGACGCAUUAAUUAA